AUGAAUUUAUUGCCAGCUUGUUGCUUGAUAGGUUCUCCCGAUCAUCACCAAGCACUCACACUCUUGCCACCACCAUUGUUCUCACUUCAAGACUCGGAAAAUAACAUUUCAGAAACAUUGUCUGUUUCUUCAAUUUCUUGCUCUUUUUCCAUCUUUUUACUUGAACAGGAAUGUAACGCUACAGAUCAAUUAAAUAUUCUACAAAAAGGAAAAUCAGUUUUAAUUGGCUUAUCAAAAUUUAGAAAUCUCUCAUUGAUUGUGAAAUUAUUUUCAAAUCAAUUAUUAGAACCGAUCUCGAUACAUGUGAAAGGAUUUGAAUUAGAGACCUUUUGUUGGUGUCAUUUGAAAUUGAUUAUUGAACAAGAAUCAAUUAAAAUCAACAUGUGGAAAUACAAUGAAAUGAUCUUUGAGGUUUCAUAUCAAUAUCCAUAUCCAUUGAACCUUAAUGAUAUUGUUACAGAGUACUCUCCAAUAGUGAUUCCUCCAAAAUUGGACAAAUGUGAUUGUGUGAAAGGAAUGAUCAAGGAUUUAUUUUUUGAAAUUUCAAAUCAAAAGACUUCUACUCUUUCAGAAAAUAAGAAACUGAAUUUCAACUAUGACUAUCCUCCUUUGAUACAUUGCAACAAACCUCACAACAUUAUUUCACAACCCAUCUACUCUAUGGAACAAUUGAAACAUUUCAAAAUUGGAAAUGAUCCAAUGAAUGUUUGUCGAGUGAAAUUGCAAAAAAGAAAAAACUCUCCAAAAUCUAAGGUCAUUCUAUGUCACGAUAUGAAAGGAGGAUAUUUAGAAGAUAAAUACAUUCAAGGUGGAAAUUCAUUUCUCACUUAUAAUUUUACAUAUUGGCAAUAUGUGGAUAUAUUUAUUUAUUUUAGUCAUCAUCGAAUUACCAUUCCACCUUGUGGUUGGUGUGAAGCAGCUCAUCGAAAUGGUGUUCAAGUUCUUGGAAAUUUUAUUGUAGAAUGGGAUGAAGGUAUUCCUGAAAUUGAACAAUUACUUUAUUCUAGUGGUAGUAAUAGUAGUAGUAAUAGUAGUAGUAAUAGUAGUAGUAAUAGUGGUUUGAAUGAACCUUUCAAUAGUACUACCACACCGGAAUCCUCUAUAUCCUAUGAAUUGGCAGAUAAAUUGGUGGAUUUGGCUCUCUAUUAUGGAUUUGACGGUUGGUUUCUCAACGUUGAAUCUCCACUUCGGAAAGGUAGAGAUGCAUGCGAAAGGAUGAUGCAAUUAUUGAAAUAUUUAACAAACGAAUGUCAUAGAAGAAUAGGAAGCGAUUCAUUGGUCAUUUGGUAUGACUCGGUGCUCUCCACAACUGGAGAAUUGAAAUGGCAAAAUGAGCUCAACGAGACCAAUAUUGAAUUCUUUAACAGUUGUGAUGGAAUUUUCUUAAAUUAUUGUUGGAAGCCAGAAAUGCUUUCAAAAAGUGUUUCUUUGUGCCAUUCUUACCAUCCUCAAGAUUUCUUUUCGAAUAUUGAUACUACUAGCAGUGAAACAUGCAAAGAAGAUACUGACAAAGAGCUAUUGAGAACCAAUAGAGCAUCUACCAAAACAUCCUUUGAUAUUUACACAGGAGUUGAUAUAUUUGGAAGAGGUCAAUACGGAGGUGGUCAGUUCAAUACUUCAUUGGCUCUUGCAGAAAUUAACAAGGCAAAAACCUCUGUCGCUCUCUUUGCUCCUGGAUUUGUCUAUGAAAGUUUAUCAUCCAUCUCUUCGGAAGAUCUCAAAUCUCAAAUUAAUGAUCAAAAUAUGUUGAGAAGACAAUACGAAGAGAGAGAAGACUUAUUUUGGUCCAAUUAUUACCAUGGAAAUGAUGUGAAAAGGGUAAAGGAAUUGUUAGUGAAUGGAAAUGGUCAUUCAAAUUUUGAAGGAUGGACCAUCAUUAAGGAUCUGUGUGAUGAAAAAAAUGGUCAGAAUACUAGCUCAUCAUUGGAUGGAUAUCAAUGGAGUUUAUCUUCCAACCAUGAAUUCAAUGAUUCAAAAUCAUUUAUUUCAUCUCACCAAUGGUGUCGAAUGAGUCAACUUGUGGAUUUGAAAACUCAUCUCCACACUGAUCAUCAUUUAUCUCUUGUCAUUAGAGCAUCAUGUUGGUAUCGAGGAACACCUCCAAAAUGUAAUGAUUUAUUCUAUCUCAAAGUGGAAUUAAGAGAUGAACAUGAUCAUGUGAUUCAAUGUUUCCAUUCAGGUGAAAUUAUUUGUGAUGAAAAAUGGAAAUGCAUGGACCAUUGUUUUAUGGAAUAUUCGAAAGAAAACAUUAGAUAUAUUUAUUGGGAACAUGGAGGAAAGGACGUCGAGUGUUGGAGUGGAAAUUUUGGUUCUCGUGUUGCUCAAUGUUCAUUGACUUGUUUGGAGUUCGUAACUGAACAGCAAGAUAUCUCUCACUCCACACCAUUUGUCAGAAAUUAUAUUGAGGAGAGAAUUAUUCCUUCAUGGAACAACUUUAAAAGUGUUCAACACAAUCCUGUAUCAUCUCGACAAAAUGUUGUACUCUCGUCAUCCACCAAGAAACAACAUUUGAAAACUCGAUUCAGUACUGGAGUGGGAAAACAUUAUUUCAUUCAUGGAGAGAAAGUGAGUGAUCAUGCUUGGAAUAACAUGUCUCAUCAAGAAUUACUGCCAACUUUUAGAAAUGUUAAAUAUUUGGAUUGUGGACAGCCUCAUGCAUUGAGAUUUUUUGUGAAUUAUGAAGAUGCACUUGUUGGAGGAUCAUGCUUGAAAUUUGAAGGAAAGUUUAAUGCUCAAUCAAGGCAGGAACAAUUGACUCGAUUCAAGCUAUUUAAAACAAGCAUAAUUAUUGAAGAGAAUGAAGUGUUACACCUGAGAGUUGGCUACAAGUCAAUAUGUGAAUCCAAUAGUUUCAAAUUGAUAUUGAAAAAUGCUGGUUGUGACCACGAAUACAUUUUCUCAGCGUUGCAACCAACACAGCUGGGUUGUGAUGAAAAGAUAGUACAACCAUCUAAGCAGACCACCUGUUCGAACAUGUGGAGGAUUGCUGAUUUUAAAUUACACUUCCCAACACUCAGUGAAAUUGCUGCCAUUGACAUUGAGUGCUUUAUGGUAGAUAGGGAACAAGACCCUCUCUAUGAAUUGAUGCUUGGAUUAUUGGAGAUUAACAGUUCUCAUAGUGAGCUUACAGAAUGUUGUACGUCCUUAGACUCCCUCAACAAAGUAGACCAUGCCUUAACCACAAGCAUGCAUUGGGACUCGGUACUUGGCAACCAACAAACUCCGUUUGAGGCAACCGUUUCAUGGAAUCAUGAUGAAAGCAAACAUGCCCAGUUUGUCAUCUUUAAGAACAAGCAAUUUGUUGCAACCACGCAAAAAGCAACACAUCGAAUUCAGAGCUGCAGCCGCAAAGACAAUAUCGAAAUAUUUCGGAUUGAAUAA